AUAGGGAGAUUCACAUGACACUGCUGGUCAGUCUGAGGCACUGAAGAUAAAACACCAUCGCAUUUAAUUGGUGUAUCACAUUACAGACCAUAACUAUUUAUGUAACGCUUUUUUUUUCAGUAGUAUUUUUUCAGAAGCGAUCUGAAAUGGGAAGAGCGGUCAGAGUGCUUUACUGCCUGCUGCUGACGCUGGAAGUUGUUGCUGCCCAAGCAGAGAGUGUUAAGCGAGCACUACCAAACUGGCUCACUGGCAUCAUCGCUGUUGCUGUGUUUCUCUUCCUGGUUUUUAUUGCCUUCAUUGUCAACAAAGCCUGGUGUAAGGAGUCAAGUCAGGAGGAUAAGGUCAGCGUGACAACCAACGAAUAUGCCAUGACCAAUGGGUCAAACACAAAUCUGGAUUCAGUCAGGAGUGAUGAACACUACAGCGCUUAUGAGAAUGUGAUUUUUCACAAACCUGAAGAAACCGUGACAGUCAUGUGAAUCCGGGAAAAUGUUCCACAGUCUGUUGGUUGCAAUGUGCUGUCCCUUUAAACCAGAAGUAAACGCUAAUCCACCUGAGAUGUUAAAGAUUUCAUUAAUGGUUCUCUUGCACUUUUCUACAUUUACACACAUUUAAAGAUUAUACACAUGGGGGAAUUUCAAACUAAUCUGUUACCAGUCAUCACAGUAUGUACUAAUGGGAAGAUCAGUGGACUACAUAUCCAAAAGGUUAAACAUAUAAAUGCAUUUAUAUGAAUGGAAACUGAUUUUAUUCCAUAAUUCUCUAGAACCUGUAAUUGAAUGCAAGCUACUGAAAUCCUGAUUCAUCUAUAGAUACUAAUCUAGCUAGAACAGGCUUAUAUUUUUUCCCGGAUUGCUUCUCAAAGAAAUAUGAGGGGGAAAAAAAACCCAUUCAACUGAUCAAUUGUCAAAACAGUGAACACAAUGACAAAUAAAAACCCAUUUAUUCUUUA